AGUAACUAUUGCAAUAUGAAAACACAAUUAUACAACUAUCUACCUUUUUUGCGAUUGUGCGGCAUUUUCAAUGCCAGUUGUUUGAUUCUCAUUUUUUCAUAUCAAUUGAGUCCUAUAAUCGGAUAUAUUCCUUCUAUUUUCAAGAACCAUUCUCUUGAUAGAAAAAUAGAAAGUGAGCUGUAUUCUGAAUUUGGAAAAAUGGAAUCUGAACUCAUUGAUGAGUUUGAAGAGGGUAUUGUAUUGAAUACUUUCCCUCACAACCGUAGGUUUGAAGCAAAAGCAGCAUCUUUCACAAUCAAUGGGAAACGCUAUGAUGUAUCUGCCCUACCUGGCAAUACAACACUGAACCAUUUCAUUCGCGCGCAUGCACAGUUGAUGGGCACGAAGUACAUGUGCCAGGAGGGAGGCUGUGGCGCAUGCGUGGUGUCUGUCACCGCCUAUGACGUCAUUGCAAAAAAACAAAAAAUAUUUGCUGUCAAUUCGUGUCUGGUGCCAGUGUACAAAUGCCAUGGCUGGUCCAUAAAGACAGUGGAAGGAGUGGGCAGUGCCAGAAACGGAUAUCACGAUAUUCAAGCGAGGCUGGCAUCGAAUAAUGGCACUCAAUGCGGCUACUGCAGCCCUGGCUUCGUCAUGAGCAUGUACAGCCUGAUGCAAGAGAAACAUGAUCUGUCAAUGGAGGAAAUUGAGAACUCGUUUGGUGGCAAUGUUUGUCGUUGCACCGGCUACAGACCAAUUCUUGAUACUUUCAAGUCGUUUGCCAAAGAUGCUCCCAACUCACUCAUUGAUAAAUGCAUUGACAUUGAGGAGCUGUCAUCAAUCUGUUUGAAAACUGAAGAGAACUGCAGUGGAAAUUGCAAGUCUGGCUGCAAGAGAAAUAUCAAAGCCGAUUUGACAAAUGAAUGCUCAGUUCUAAAGCUGAACUUGGAUGAUGGGAGCAACUGGUACAGGCUGACUACACUGAGAGAAAUAUUUGAAGUGCUGAGUAUGAUAGAUGAUGGAAGUUAUAUGCUGGUUGGCGGAAAUACAGCUUAUGGUGUUUACCGACCCACGUCCAAAGUAGCAUGCUACAUUGAUGUGAAAGGCAUAGCUGAACUGAGCUUUGCCAACGUUUACGGCAGUAUGAUGGUGCUAGGAGCCAACGUGACGCUCACUGCAGCCAUCGACUACUUUCAAAGCAUCUCAAGUAAUCCCAACUUCGCAUAUGCUAAGCAGCUGGCUAAGCACAUUGAUUGGGUGGCUAACAUUCCUGUACGGAACACUGGAACCAUAGCAGGUAAUUUGAUGAUAAAGCAUCAGCACAGAGAGUUUCCUUCAGAUAUAUUCUUGAUUCUUGAGACAAUUGGAGCCACUUUGACUAUAGUGGAUGCAUACGGAGUAGAGAUUCGAGUUGCCUUAAUUGAGUUUCUGCACACCAAAAUGUACAAAAAAGUUAUUACAAAGAUAAUUCUACCAGCGCGUCGCAGUCCAAAUUACUAUUUCAAGACUUACAAAGUAAUGCCAAGAGCUCAGAACGCACAUGCCUAUGUGAAUGCAGGGUUUCUUUUCAAUUUGAACGCCAAGGACAAAUUCCGAGUACUGGAAAGGCCAAGAAUUGUUUUUGGUGGAAUCAAUCCAGAGUUUAUUCAUGCAGUUAAAACUGAGGACUACCUUUUGGGCAAGCAACUCCUUGAUUUGCCAGUGAUCCAGGAGGCAUUGGCAAUCCUUGAAAAAGAAGUGAAGCCAGAUCAUGUGUUACCUGAUGCAUCACCAAAGUACAGGAAAGGGCUGGCUGUUUCACUGCUCUAUAAGUUCAUACUUAGCCUUUCUCCAGAAGCACUGCCUCCAAGAAUCAAAAGUGGCGGAGAAUCUUAUGAGCGACCAGUCUCAUCUGCUAUACAAGACUUUGAUACUGAUGAGGAUCUAUGGCCUGUCAAUAAACCUUUGCCAAAACUAGAAGCUUACAUGCAGUGUUCAGGUGAAGCCCAGUACACCAAUGAUUUACAUACUAUACCUGAGGAGUUAUUUGCCGCUGUUGUAAUAGCCAAGGAAGGCCCUGCUGAGUCAUUUACUCUUGAUGCUAAAGCCGCAUUGAAAAUUGCAGGAGUCUAUGGAUUCUACUCAGCCAAAGACAUUCCAGGCCAUAACGAUUUCAUGUCACCUAGGCCAGCUCCAGCCACUGCAUUUUCUGGAGAAGAGAUAUUUGCAAGCAAGAAGAUCCUGUUCUAUGGACAAGCUUUGGGUGUGAUUUUGGCGGAGUCUCAAGUUGUGGCGUUGCAGGCCGCUGAAAUGGUCAACGUGCAAUACCAGGUCGUCAGGAAACCAGUUCUGCAACUGACUCAAGUUGUUGAUAACCACAUGGAUGAUCGAAUCGCUGAAAUAAUGCGAAUUGACGCUACUGACAAAAAAGACAACGUGAAACACCAAAUCACGGGCCGGUACAUGGUGGAGGACCAGUACCACUACACGAUGGAGACACAGUGCUGUGUGUGUGUGCCCUCCGAUGAAGGGUUGAAUGUGUACUCAGCCACACAGAACGUCACAACUACUCUGUGGGCUGUUGCUGGUGCAUUGAAUGUCAAGGAGAACAUGAUCAACGUGGUGGUGAAGCGGAUAGGUGGCGGCUAUGGCGCGAAACUGACUCGGUCGCCCCAAAUUGCGGCGAUCUGCGCCCUGGGCGCCCAUGUCAGCCAACGGCCAGUCCGGCUUGUACUGCCACUGGAGACCAACAUGCGAAUGGUUGGCAAACGAAAUCCGGCACUUGUAGACUAUCAGGUAGAAGUCGAUGACAAUGGAAAAAUUCAGAAACUGGAGGCGAAAGUGUUUGAAGAGUUUGGAGCACUGACCAAUGAGUUCGUAACAGUGGCUGCAACUGUGCUGCACUUUGCCAGCGUCUAUGACUCCAGCACGUGGACUCUCAUCGGGCAUAGCGUCAAAACUGACAAAGCGCCCUGUACUUGGUGCAGGGGACCAGGUUCGACCGAGGCCGUGGCAAUGGUGGAGCACAUAAUGGAGCAUAUAGCAAGUGUGACGAAAAAGGAUGCUCUGGCUGUGAGAUUGGAGAAUUUCCCUCAGCUGCCUUCACCUGCUUCAACCAUUGUCGAUGCACUCAAAGUGUCAUCCAACUACGACCAACGAAUGGCAGCUGUUGAAGCUUUCAACAACUCAAACAGAUGGCGAAAACGGGGCAUGUCUUUGAUACCAUUGAGAUACCCGAUUUUUUUCUAUGGACGUUUCCACUCGCAUAUAUCAAUAUUUGGUGAGGAUGGAUCCGUGGUUAUAUUUCACGGAGGAGUUGAGUGUGGUCAAGGUUUGAAUACAAAGGUGAGAGAAUGCUCGAUAUUUUAAUUAUUUCAAAGUAUUAGGCUAUAUUGACA